UGCGUGCCUCGCCUCGUCUCGUGCGCUGUAGUGACAUUCGUUAAUCGUGUCGUUCGGCCGUUGAAAUAUGCUGACAGUAACGUGGGUUCGUGGCAACCCGUCGUGAAUCGGCGGGCGCGCGUUCUCUCGCGUGAUCGUGUCGAGGGCGACGGCGACGGCGACGGCGACGGCGACGACGUCGUACGUCUCCCCCGACGUGGAGCGAAGAAGCCGCCAGCGUACGCGCGACGUUCGUACUUCGUACGCGGGGCGCGCGGGAGAGCGCGAGAACGAAGGUAAACAAACGACAUGAGCGCGAUACUCGGUGGCAGCGUCGGCGGUGAGACGGCGCCGGCGGGCGCCCUCCUAGAUCCGGAUGUCGAAGGCAUCCUCGAGGAGAAGAAUCAGCUCAUCAGCCGCCAGUACGCGGAGAUCGAGAGGCUGCAGCGCGAGCUCGCCGAGGUCGUCGGCGAACGGGACGCUCUCCUCUGCGAGGUGUCGAAGUUUAAGUUCGAGCGCGAGAUGACCGACCUCAAACGGCUGCACGAUGACAGUUUCCCGACGAAGGUGGAGAGACCGUCGCAUAGCAGUACGGCCGCUAGCCAGAUCCACGGCAACAGCAUGCACGGCGCGUACUCGUCUGGUAGCCAGACGUCUCUGUCGACGACGUCGUACAUCACGGGCCAGUCCUACAUGCAGAAUCAGAAUUACGCACACGGGCCCCCGUAUCCUGCCACGAGCGUGCAGGUUUAUUCGCACAACGCGACAGGCUACUCGCAGCCGCAGAGCUACGGCACCAUGGUGCAGGGUUUUGGCGGGCAACCACAGUCCGCUGGGUAUCAGCAGAAUCACCUUAAGAAGGGCUCGGUUCGUAACGGCGACGUGCUCAAGCGGUGUCGGCUGCAGACCGCGUACGAGUUGUCGCAGGAUCUACUUGACAAGCAGAUCGAAAUGUUGGAGCGGAAAUACGGCGGCGUGAAGGCGCGGAACGCGGCACUGACGAUUCAACGUGCCUUUCGGAGGUACACAUUACUGAAGAAAUUCGCGGCGAUCACGGCGAUGGCCAAGGCAGAAAAGCGAUUGAGCAGGAAGCUUCAAGAAUUGGCGAUCGACCGCUCGGGCAAUCUCAACGAUCACGAGAGAAUGGUUUAUCAUAGUCAAAUAUACAUUCAGCAGGCACAGUCCGCCAACAGCAGACCCAUGCCGAUUCGAAGCAUGUCUCUCAGGGAAAGGCGGCACGUGGACAAUUCGCAAUCGCCUAUACCGAGAAGUCAGAGUGGUAGAUGCGAGGUCCAGGUCAGCGGCCAUCAACACACAAAUCAUAAUUUGCAUCAGAGCGGUAGACAUACGCCCUCAUUGGCGCCCAGCCCAUGCAAUCGACAUCAGCAAUUACCACCGAGUCCCUGCUGGGAAUCGAGCUCCCAGGAGAGCGGCUCCAGCAUCCAUUAUUACAAUCCACAGGAAGCCUUGUGCGGCCUGAGACAAGAAACGCCGCCAAGAGACUUGCUGCGAACACCAUGUACAUCGCCGUCGACGCCGCACAAUCUACAGACGACUAUGUCGCAAAAUUGGAACAACGCCAACCAGCUUGGUCCUGGCAGAACAAGAUGUUCCAGUAAAAAAGUUCCCCCGGAGGUGCCGAAGAGAACGUCUUCUAUCACCUCGAGAUCCAUGGAACCACGACAUAAUGGUCUUAGUAAAAGUGUGGAGAACGGAAGUCUAAGUUCGGUGCAGAGCUCCGGUAGUGAUUCCACCAAUUGCGAAAGCUCCGAGGGCGAUGCUCAGAGAGGGUCUCCUGUCUGGAAGCACAAAGGGAUUUCGAGUUCGCCGGAACAUCAGGAAUGCGCGAGUCAUACUGCUGACACGGCGGCGAUGACCGCUAACGUGAAGGAGCUUGGCCACUCACAUGCCAGCUCCGGUUAUCAGCUUCCCCUAAUGGACCACACGGAAAGUCUGCCGCCUCAAACAAGCUAUAAAGUGUCCGAAACAGUGAGAAAGCGACAAUACAGGGUCGGCCUAAAUCUUUUCAAUAAGAAACCGGAAAGGGGAAUCAGUUACCUUAUCAGACGUGGAUUUUUGGAGAACAGUCCGCAAGGAGUCGCUAGAUUUUUGAUCAGUCGAAAAGGAUUAUCCAAACAGAUGAUAGGAGAGUACCUUGGGAAUUUGCAGAACACUUUCAAUAUGGCAGUACUUGAAUGUUUCUCUCAGGAGUUAGAUCUUUCUGGAAUGCAAGUGGAUGUCGCUUUACGAAAGUUUCAAGCCUACUUUAGAAUGCCUGGCGAGGCGCAAAAGAUCGAGCGGUUAAUGGAAGUCUUUAGUCAACGUUAUUGCCAAUGCAAUCACGACGUAAUAUCGAGGCUGCGGUCGGCAGAUACCGUUUUUGUCUUGGCCUUUGCUAUUAUCAUGCUUAAUACGGAUUUGCAUACACCUAACCUAAAGCCUGAGCGCAGAAUGAGACUCGAGGAUUUCAUAAAGAAUCUUCGAGGAAUUGAUGAUUGCGGCGAUAUAGAUCGAGAUAUCCUAGUUGGCAUUUACGAACGAGUGAAAGAUAACGAAUUUAAGCCGGGCUCAGAUCAUGUGUCGCAAGUAAUGAAGGUCCAAGCGACUAUUGUUGGAAAGAAGCCAAACAUGGCGCUGCCACAUAGAAGAUUGGUGUGUUACUGCAGGCUCUACGAGAUACCGGACAUUCAUAAGAAGGAGAGACCUGGCGUUCAUCAGAGAGAAGUUUUCCUCUUUAACGAUCUGCUCGUUGUCACGAAGAUAUUGAGCAAGAAGAAGAAUAGCGUAACUUACACUUUCAGGCAGAGCUUUACACUUUGCGGCAUGGUGGUUACUUUAUUUGAAGUUCCCCAUUAUCCAUAUGGCAUAAGACUCUCUCAGCGUGUCGACGGAAAAGUUCUAGUCACAUUUAAUGCUCGAAACGAGCAUGACAGGUGUAAAUUUGUGGAAGACCUUAGAGAAUCUAUCAGCGAAAUGGAUGAGAUGGAAACUUUACGUAUCGAAACUGAAUUGGAAAGACAAAAGAGCAGUAGAGGUGCGCGGGGCGGGGCAGAAAAUAGAGACUCUGGCGUCGCUGAUGUAGAGAUAUGUCCUUGUCCCGGAACUUGUUCCGAUAGAACAGAAACAGUCGAUGUCGACACGCAAUUGAAACGUUCCGCCCUUAGUAAUUCUCUUCUUGAUAUACACGAGCAGUUUGCCGGUGAGAAGCCACAGCGCCGUGGAAGCGUGGGUUCUCUGGACAGUGGUAUGUCUAUUUCAUUUCAAUCUACUUCUGCCAGCUCAAUGAGCCAAGGCAUUAAACAUCCUGGACAAGUUCAUCCUAUUCAUCCAGGAGCUACAAUUCCUGGGGCCGGUGGUAAGGGACUGGCUCAGCAGCCGUCUUUUUUAGGAGGUCUCUUCGCCAAACGAGAGCGAAAACUGUCGCAAUCUGAAGAGUCCGGCCCUUACAGUCGUACCACGGAAGUAUAAUGUACUCUUCCAGUAACGUAAACGAGGUACACUUUCGUAUACCUGUUUUCUUCUAGUACGCUUCGUGUUUUUAAUAAGAUAAAGACGUCUCGCGUUUAUGUCGAGAAUUUAAAUAGCAAUAAUUACUCUCUAAUUUAUUUAUAUUAAUAAAAUUGUAAUUUUUAUUUCUUCUACUUGAAGCUUCUCGUCGUGUAGUUUUUUCUUCUCUUAAAAAAAAAGGUGAAUUAUUACAAGCAGCAAGACUGCCGUGAACUGUUCUAUUACCGUACUAAUAGAGUAGUGUCUUUUUAUACGUACAUCACGAAGCGUGCUAAAGAAUUAGAGCGCUAAUGACGACAGCUAAUAAAGACGUAAAUCUGAAGGAUUGGGCAGGAUCCAAUCGAAAUCACCAAGCGCAUUUAAAAAGAAAAAGAAAAUUUUAACCUAUUCUCCCCUCCCGAGACUAUGUAUAGUAUUUAUUCAUCUAAAACAACUAAUGGACACAUUUUUCACACUGUAUUUAUAAUUUACGAAGACGCGAUAUUGAAUGAUAGAAUUGUGUGUAGAUAAUAUCAUUACAUUUUUGCUUAGUUUUACACAAACGGGCGUUUUAACGAGUAGAAUUUAAUGAAGAGAAAAUCUUAAAUCACAAGAAUUGUAAGAAUACGAGAUACCAUCGAGAAUUUCUAAUAGUAAUCGCUAUCAACAAGUAUUAUCACCAUCACCAAUUCGAAAAAGUGUAAAUAAUAGGCUUAUAACGACGUUCGAAAUGAGUUGUCACGUGUAACAAAAAGAAAUUAGUAUAAGGGAAACGAUAAGCAAUCUCUAUCGAUGUUAGGUGCAUGUUGAUGUCUAACGAUUUUUAUUAACGGAAACGUGAAGUUUGAAUGUAGCAAUGAAAUAAGACUUAACGUAAGACGUAAGACGUGUUUGUCAUUAUAGCGAUCUAUUGAUAAUCAUUCACGAGAAGUAGUUUUUGCUUAUGUAUGUUGAAAUUUUGACUCGAAGUUGUUCACAUUUUCAAAAGGAGAAAGAAAGGAGCGAAAAGAAAAAAACCAUCAUGUUAAAUAUAUCCACGAUUAAUUCGUUUCUCGUUUUUCGCGGCGAGAAUAGACGAUAGAUCUAAAC